AUGUACAAUUCAGACAGAACAAAGGCAUGGAACAUCUAUACAAGUUCAGAUCCUAGUACAACUCGAACAGAAGAUAACAUGGAAAGUUCAUGGAACAAUUUUGGCUCAUCUAUGAAUGCGAUUUCUUUCGGGUUUGUUGCAACAUUAAUCUUGAUUUCAAUGUUUAUUAUCAUGGCCAUAUUUGAGCAUCUGUUUAGGCCAACGACUGCAUCUGAAGAUGAUGCCACAAGGCAAUCGGAUUCGACACAAAUUCAGAAACUUGGAGAUCAAGAAACAGUAGAAACAUCAGAUGCAUCAAAUUUCACAGUUUUAAUGCCAGGACAGCAGUGUCCUACCUUCAUUGCUCAACCUGCUCCUCUGCCUUGUCAAAGGGAAGCUGUUUCUUGGCCUUCUCAUCAACAUAGUUGUGCAUUGCCUUGA